AUGUCACUAGAUACUAUAUACUCUUACAUGCACAUGGACGACCCGAAUCGGGUGCUUUACAUGCAAUCAUGGCAAUUGGAUUCCGACAUUGCAUUUGAUGAUAUUGAUACUCAUACGCUUACCGAAGCGACUAUGCAUUUAUUUCCAUUAGCAUAUCUUCAACAGGAAGAAGAAGAUGGAGGGAUUAUUCUAGUGAAUAACACUAAUUUCAGUUCUAAUUCUAAAUUUAGACAAAAGCAUCAAAAGGAAAGAAUAUGGCAAGACUUAGAUAUCAAUUUUCUAGAACUACAUAAUGCCCAUACCAAAAAUCACCUUCAAACAACAGAAAGCAAUCAACGGGUAGACACUGGGUUUCCCUUUCAAAGUGAAGCAGUUUCUGGAUUCGAAUCACACCAAACGCAACGAGAUCGUACUUUGUUGACUCCAAUGCAUGAUGCCGACUUGGGACAGUUCUUAGCCAAUGGGUAUCAACUGUUACGACCCCAACAAUUCACUAUGGCAACUUCACCACCUCAAUUCAAUUUUCUGUUGGAUGAAACAACUGAAUUCCCAACGCCAUCUAUCGGGAAUUCAAAUACAGUAAGUAACAAUAGAAACCCUUCGGGUUUGAUGCAAACUCCCCGAAUAACCAGAGUUCGACAAUCGUCGACUGAUCGAAACUUCCAGACCCCAAUCGCACGUAUAGUUCGAUGA